AUGGAAGAGAUGGUGGAUGGACCCCAUUAUCGACCAUUGUUGGCAGCAGUAUUCAAGGGUGACUGGGAAUAUGCUAGCAAAUUCUUCGACCAAGAACCUGCUUCGGUGAGGGCCAGAAUAACAAGCAGAUUCGAAACAGUGCUUCACAUAGCCACUUUGAGUGCACAAGAUCAAUUUGUUGAGCGACUGCUUCAACGCUUGAAUCCGGAAGAUCUUUUAAUGGUUGAUUCUGAUGGCCACACUGCCCUCCACAAUGCUGUCCAUUGUGGAAGGAUAAAAAUGGUCAAGGCAUUAGUUCAAAGGUAUCCUAGGUUGACGCAACUUCCAGAUUAUAAAGGACGUGUUCCUUUGAGAAUAUCUACUCAGGAAGCUUCUACUCAUAAGGAGAUUGCCUGGUUCCUGGCGAGAACAACAACAGACGAAGAGCCAAGUUAUCCCUUCAGCAGUCCAUCUGCGAUUAAUCCCAUUAUAAAUCUCACCUACGCUGGUCAUCAUGUUCCUCCAAUCAAGAGGAUUCACGAGGUAAAGCUGAGAUAUGUGGCGGCAGUCGAGUUGGCAAAAAAAGUUUGCGAGGCGAUCUCUGAUAUGAAAACUACUGAGAUCACUGAGUUUUUCCUAGAGAGGAACUUGUUUCACGCUACAGUCAAGGGAAACAGCGAACUCGUGAAGAUAUGUAUUCAGUUUUUCCCGGAGCUUAUUAGGAUUUCGCCUAAUGGUGACAGUUUGAUGACACUAGCUGUGAAGAACCGCCAAGAAAGGAUUCUCUCACUCUUUUUGAAGGGAAGCUCAAAACAUGAGUUGUCAUUAGUGCCAGCACCAACACCGGAAGAAGCAGAAAAGAUGAUGCUCGCAGCUGCAAAGUGCGACUCUAAUUUGGAGGCUUUAAAUUAUUUCUCUGGAGCAGCUUUCGAAAUACAAAGAGAACUCCAGUGGUUUAGAAUUCUAGGCGCUAACCGCCGCCGCCCACCGUCACCGCCGCCCGUCACGCCUACCCGCUGGUGUCACCACGACCGCCGGCUGCCACCGCAUGAUAGCUGGCAGGCGGCGGCGGAGGUCGGCGGUGGUGAGUGA